GCAUGACAUUACCUUUAUAUUCAAACAGAUAGGCUAGUUGUCUAAUACUGGAGAUUUAUCUUAUAAAAUUAAAAUAUUUUGUUUUUCUAUUUAGCUUAAUCUAAUAUCAACGGGGUGUAUUUCUGAACGAUUUCUGUUUGAUUUCAUAAACUUAAAAUGAUUAAACAUUUUCACGCUGGCCGUGUUAUCUUGAGCUGUUUUAUAUAACCAUAAUUAAAUAAGCCUUUGACAUCGGCCAAACCGCGAUGAAAUGGAAUUAACAAGAGACGUGUAGACUAGUGCUAUAGCACAUGUGCAGGGAACCUACUUGAAUUGUUCGGAAUUAUAAUUUAUAUAACUCGGAUAAACGAGUCGGAAGAGUGAUACCUGCUGCUCUAUGAUUGUCAACAGCAAUAGAUCAGGUAGAAACAUCAGCAAAAAGCUUAAAGAUUAGGACGGACUAAGUAUAUAUCUUUCACAGAGAUAAUUAUUUCAAGUAGGGAGCGAAGAAUGUUCAGAGGCGACACAAUGCAAGACAGGGAAACACAGACAAUGGACGAAACAGAAGAGGAAGACCAAGCGUCUGUCAAAGAAUUUAUUCGUCAUACAGUGAAACGACAAACAAAAAUUAUUGAGGCUAGGAAAAGGGACAAAACACAGCUUUUGGAGAGGAUACAAAGUCAGGAAGAAGAAUUACGAACAGCUAGAGAAAAAGAAACGAAGCUGAAAGAGAAAAUAGAGAAACUGGAGAAGGAAUGCAACCAACUUAAGAUAAGUUUAGAUGAUGCUCUAGCAGAUAAGGAAAAGGAAUUAAAAGGAAGAAGACAAGAGUUGAAAGAAUUGCAGGAAAACAUUGAAGACAAUGAAAGAGCUUUAAGGGAAUCCAAAGACGAAUUAGGAUUAAAAGAAAGGGCUUUAGAGGAAUCCGAAGAAGAGUUACGAUCCGAAGAAAGAGUUAAAAGGUUGAAUGAUGAGAACCAGAGUUUAACUAUGGAACUUUCCGAAAAGGAAGAGGAAAUACAAAGAAACAAAGAAAAACUCGAGGCUAGUUCAAUGGAGACGAUACAGCAUAUGGAGCGGAUUAGAGGUCAGGAAGAAGAACUAGUAAGAGCUAGAGAAAGUGAAACGAAGCUGAAAGAGGAAAUAAAGAAACUGGAGAAGGAAUGUACUGAACUGAAGGAAAAAGGCAAAAAGUUUUAUGACACUCUAGCCGCAAAGUCAAACAAAUUGAGAGAAACACGAGAGCAGUUAGAAGUUUUGCAAGACCAAAUAGAAAACAAGGAAAAAGCUUUAAACGAAUCUAAAGAAGAAUUAAGCUGCAAGGAAAAUGCCCUAAAGGAAUCCGAAGAAAUGUUAAGAUUAAAAGAAAUGGAUUUAAAGGAAUCACAAGAACACCUAAGUGGCCUGAAAGAAGACCUGGAUAUAGAACUACAUCUACACGUGCAAAAACUUCAUAAGUCGGACAAAAAAGCUAAAACGUUGGAUGAUGAGAACAAAAGGUUAAAUAGCAGACUUUCGGAGAAGGAAAAGGAAAUACAUAGGUUGACUGAGAGACUUUCGGAAAAGGAAGAGGAAAUAAAAAGACUGAAGGAAGAAAUUGCUAAGUUCAAAGGAAGUUUAGAAGAUGUUAAAGAUGACGUCACGGGGAGCGCAUCAGAGUGUUCCGAAAACAGAGAUGACGUUGCACAAAGCAGACCAGAAAUUCCUGAAUUCCGGCACAGCAAGCAGAAGGACCAAAAAAUGGACCAUUGGAAAAGGCAAUACUUUGACCGUAGGAAUUACAGACGUAGACAAGACAUUUCGAAAUAUAGUAGCGAAAGUGAACGGAUUUUGAACGAGACAAUAGGGCAACUGGAGGAGGAAUGUUCAAUGCUGAGGAUACACUGUACAUCGCCCGAAGUGCUAAAGGUUAAAGAAAACGAAUUGAAAGAAAAACGUGAACUAUUAACAACUUUGCAAAAAUCAAUUGAGUCGCGGGAUGAAAAGGCACCGAUAGAAGAACGAUGGCGAAGGCACACUAAGCAGAAGGACCAACAAAUCGACCAAUGGAAAGGGCAAAACUUUGACACUGGUAAAUACAGACGUAGACAAGACAUUUCACAAGAUAGUAGCGAAAGUGAACGGAUUUUGAACGAGACAAUAAUACAACUGGAGGAGGAAUGUUUAAUGCUGAGAACACAUUGUACAUCGCCCGAAGUACUAAAAGCUAAAGAAAACGAAUUGAAAGAAAAACGUGAGCUAUUAGCAACUUUGCGAAAAUCAAUUGAGUCGCGGGGUGAAAAGGCACCGAUAGAAGAACGAUGGCGAAGGUCGCGGUAUGUACAGGAUGUGAUUGAAGAACGGCGGCGAACGUAUGGACAAUCAGUGGUGGAAGAAGAGCUGCAAAGAAUAACUAGUGCAGCUUCAAAUAUGAGAGAACAAGCCGAAAGGAGGGUGGUGGCGACGUUCGAAACUGCCCAACAAUGUCGCUUAUCAUAAUGCAAGUCAUUGUUAAGCCAGCAGGACCAUAAAUAAGUUUCAAUCGUCCGUAUUGUACUUCCUUUUUCAACUUCAUAAACAUCUCAACAGGACGAUAGUAAGCUAUCGUGAGAAAAUCAAAAAAUAACAUAAUUCUUUGUUCGCGUUGAAUGUGUGCGCUAUCGAUGAAUAGUUCAAUUCGAUUGGUAUGGAUCAUAACAAUGUGGACACAGGAUAACAGUGUGCUAGCAGCUGCUCUCACAGCGAUAAUUUAUCGAAUAUUACAUACCAAGGUACAAAUACGAGGACAUCAUUUAUCCAAACCUAAUAAGGAUAAAAACUCAUUGAUUAUAUUUAGUGAUAAUGAUUGUAAAUGUUUCGUGCAAAAGCCAUCUACAACCUGUUUCAAUGUUUCUUAUUAUAUAGAACUUGUCUUUUUUUUCUUUUAUAAAAUGUGUUUUGUGGUACAAGAUUACGUUUUUACAACUGCAUUUAACAGUUUCAAGACUUAAACGUUUCCAAUUUAUACCUUAUCGUUAUGUUUUAAUUAGUGUGGUUAGGAACCCCUAUCAUUUUGCAUAAUUUAGAUUUAUCUCCCUUUAAAAGAGUCCUGCAUAAAAUGUGUGAUGUUAAUAUGACAUCAGAUGAUGUUUUUAAAUAGGCUUUAUUAAGUAUAUUUCUAAAAUUUAGUAUCUAUGUAAUUGUGUAUAUAAUUAUUAUCAAUCAGUGUUUCACUUUGAUGACAUUAAAGGUUGUUUUAAUGUUAAAAUGUCAAAUUAUUAUUAACUUCAUUCUCGAUAUAUCGUGUACCUUUUAUCCUGAUUUUUUUUGUGAAUGCGUCUUUUUAAUAUUUAUAGUCAAACAUGUCAACCAUUCUUGUGUACUUACUUAUGAAAUUUGAAUAAUGAUGUUUUAAGUUUUUAUAUGUUAUGUCCAUAGAUGUGAUAAGAAUUGUGUACAGUGUUUUUGAUCGUUUAGUGUAUGUAUAACAAAAACUGCUAUACACAUAUGGUAUUAGAAAUUAAAACGCCUCAUUAAAAUGACAUUUAUCAUAAGAACAUGGAUGUAUUCAAAAUGAUUUUACCAGGAGGGCAUAAAAUACAAGUGUUAUUGAUACUACCUAUUUAUCAGUGUCGUAUUCGACUCACAGGUAUUUUUGCAGGUUUUGAGUUGACUCGAUUUGCGCCUCGUGAAAUUCUUAUGUGCGACAAUCCACUCGAGUCGAAUCCAACCUCCUCAUUAUUUUUGUAAAUAUAAUGGUCUACAGAUUUUUCUUUGUUAAAUUAGUAAAGUCUAUGUUUAGUCAAAGCCUAUAAUUGGAUUUAUAACUGUAUGGAAUGAUGGGCGAAAUUUAGUUAUGUCCCAUGCAAAGUGGACAAAGAAUGUCAACAUUUUGACGAUACAAAAUAUUUGCGUUAGUGUAAUACGAUUAUGUAGUAUAUCCAAAGGUAUUUGACAGAUACUGCUGGAAGUUUCAAGCAGUAUGAUAAGAGUCGUAACAUUGCGUUACUAUGGUUAUGUUAAAGAUUGUUCGUCCAAAUAUCUGAUUAUUUCCAAAAGUAGGAAUAAGCUUAUGUUUUGUAUUAGUUUAUAUAUGUGACUCCUAUGUGUGUAUGAAUUGUAUGAAUGGUAAAAGUGUCUAAAAGUAAAUACAAACAGAUAUGACUAUUUAUUUUUAAUUAACAAACGAGUUAUUUGUUGUAAGGCAUACAUUUGAAGUAUAAGUAUUAGGUGUAUUUAGUAGAAAAAAUCCUGCUUUAGGUAACAUACCGAAAAAACAAAUUUGAUCAAAGUGUUAACUUUACUUUUGCUAUUUAAUGACAUUGUGAGGAAG